UAAGUUAUUGUUUAUUUAUGUUAUUUAGUUAUGUCAAAAUAGUUAGAUAUAUGUACAAAGAAUAUGGUAAAUAUAAGUAGAGCCAAUGAAGAAAAAACUGCAUGUAGUUUAAGUAAUCAAUUUGGAAUCGAAGUUCAAGCUUUAUUAGCUUUUACAGCAUUCUGUAUAUUAAUCUUGAAGCGUUAUAGAGAGCCUGUUGCUGAAAGACGUUCACUUCAAAUAUGGUUUUGUGACACAUCGAAACAAGCUAUUGGUGCUAUGCUAAUUCAUUUUGCAAAUGUCUUUUUAGCAGAGCUAAGCCAUGAACAGGAUCCUUGUACCCUUUACUUCAUUAAUUUUCUUCUUGAUACAACUGUUGGUUUACUUGUUAUUUGGUUAUUGCUAAAGUUGUUGGAGUAUGUAGCUAUGAAAAGAGGUUGGGUACGGCUUAGAAUGGGGGAGUACGGAAGACCUGUAGAGUUUAUGACAUGGAUGUGUCAGUGCAUUGUAUAUGUUUUUGUAAUGCUUAUAGAAAAAGGAGUUAUAAUUCUUCUUUUUCAAUUCAAUUUUUGGACAACAGUAAAGAAGUUCAUUCUAAAACCUGUUAGCGCUUAUCCUAGAUUCGAAGUUGUACUUGUUGUCCUUAUUGUCCCGUUUUUUAUGAAUGCAUUGAUGUUUUGGGUGAUUGACAACUUUUUAAUGCGUAAACACAUGCGAAUGAACUACAAAGAUAAAGACUUGGAACCUGUACUUUUUAAAGGAGGAAAUUCAAAGCAUUAUAGUCAUGAGGGUGAAGUUAGCUUGCAACUUCUCUCUAAUGAUAGCAUGGAUAGUGAUGACAUUUCUAAUAAUGAUGUUGAGUACCGUUUUAAAAAUGGUGGUAAAUCGCUUGUUAAAUCACGUCGUCAGUAAAACUUUAUUGCACCUAAUGUUGCAUGCUAAAAAACUUGAUUGCAUCUAUUGCAUGCUAAAAUGUAUAGAAGUUACAACCCAACAAGUUUUGGAUCUGUUUUGAAAUACAUUGAGUGUGAUAAAAAAGUUGUAAAAAGAAAUAUUAGAACUAAAAUCAAAGAAUUUCAAAAAAGUAAUUUGAAAUUGAAAGUAAUCAGGCAAAUAAUUUCUAAAUUCGAGCAUUUAUAGUAGUUUUUAACCUAGAUGUGAUGACAUACUAAAAAACAAGAUAUAUUAUUUUCAAUAGAAGUUGAAUGGGUUAUUAUUUGAUAACUUGAUAACUUAGUAUAUUACAGAUCACCUGUUUAAUCGGAUAAUAAAUGUCCUUCAGUAACUUAGAAAAUCAAUCAAAAACUACUUGGUAACUUAGUAUAUCUCAUCUCUCUCUGUAACUUGAAGAAUUACAUAUUAUAAUUCACAGAUCUUUUCAACUUGGUAAAUCGUAUACGUUGUUUUAUUGAUAUUUUGAUUCUUAAACUUAGUUAAAGGUUUUCUCUCUAAACCUUUUAUAAGGUUGAUAUAUUUAAAAUACCCCAAAUUGCUUGACUGCAAUUGGUAUUUUGAUCUUAUGUUAUCCAUAUUUAGGGCUAAUAAUUUAUUUAUUUAAUAUCUAACAAAAAAUUGUAGUAAAGUUAACAAAAUUGUAAAUAAAACCAAUAAAAAUAAAUUAGGAAAUUUUUUUUGUCAAAAAAAUAAGUUUUGUAUAGUUUUUAUAUAAAAUUUGUUUUUAUAUCUAGUAUAAUUUUUAUGUUUGACAUCUUCAAAUCGUUAAUAUUUUAAGUUCUAUUUAAUUAUUUAAACAUUCAAAAUUUAAAACUCAAACAUAUUUAAACAUUGCUAAAAUCUUUAAUAUUCUGAGUGUUUUAAAUUUGAAUUGUAUUUUUUUAACAAUUUUAAAAUCUAGUCGUGUGGAUGUCAGUAGUCUAUUGUAAUAAUAUCAGAAUAAUAAGUACUAGGAGAUGCUGUUACCAUAUUUAUAGCAUUUUUGUAAAUAAAUAUUAAUUUUACAUUUUCUGAAAUGAUUUUAUGACCAUUAAAAAAUCUUUUUAUUAGCUACUUUUAGUUACUUUUUUUAUGUUUUGUUUGUUUGCUGUUUUCUAUUUCUUGUUUGUUUCCUUUUAUUAGUUUUUUUUUUUUAAUUUUUUUAUUUAUAUAUUAAUAGCAAUUAGCGUAAUUUUAAAAUGAUGUUGUAUUCACUAUUGUAUUACACAGAAUGUUGACAUGAAAUAAUGUUUGUUUUGUA